UUCCCUUUCGUCCAUCCACCACACAAUUUCAUUUCAAUCAAACCCCUCACCACAUACAACAAUACUUACAUUUACACCCAAAUGGCUCCUAGUUUCGAUAACGAGAGCUCCCUUUUUAACUUUGUUGUUCGAGAUGGAAAUGGCGUCAAAGGAAUAGUGGAUUCUGGCAUAUCAAAGGUGCCCCAGGCUUACAUUCAACCAACCGCUGAGCAAAUUGAUAAGAAAAAUGCAAGCAAUUGUGAGAUUCCACCGAUUGAUUUGUCGAAGCUCAAUGGCCCUGACCAUGAUGAAGUGGUCAAUCAAAUUGUUAGAGCUGCUGAGACACUUGGAUUCUUCCAAGUUGUCAACCAUGGAGUUCCCAUACAACUACUCGACUCCCUUAAGCAAACUGCACAUAACUUCUUUAGCCUGCCCGCUGAGAGAAAGGCUGUUUAUCGCAAAGAGGUGAGCCCAUCACCAUUGGUGAAGUAUGGUACGAGUUUUGUGCCUGAGAAGGAGAGAGCAUUGGAAUGGAAAGAUUAUAUUAGCAUGGCUUACACCAAUGAUGAUGAAGCUCUUCAACAGUGGCCUAUAGAGUGCAGGGAUGUUGCUCUUCAAUUUUUGAAGACAUCACAUGAGAUGGUGAGGAAUUUGCUCGAAGCUUUGUUGGGAAAUCUUGGAGAGGAACUAGAUGACUCUAAAAUUGAUGCAUUCAUCGGAAAGAAGAUGGUUAACAUGAACUUUUAUCCGUCAUGUCCUAAUCCUGAACUCACAGUUGGUGUAGGACGUCAUUCCGAUAUGGGUACUCUUACAAUCUUACUACAAGAUGGAAUUGGUGGCUUAUAUGUAAAGGUUCCGGAAGAUGUAGACAUGGAAAAGAAAGGGGAAUGGGUAGAGAUUCCUCCUAUUCCCGACGCUUUAGUCAUUAAUGUUGGCGAUAUGUUACAGAUAUGGAGUAAUGGAAGGUACAAAAGUGCUGAACAUAGAGUCCGCACCACAAGUACAAAAUCAAGAGUGUCGAUACCAAUAUUUACAAGCCCACUACCAACUCAAAAGGUUGCACCAUUGCCUCAAGUGGUGAAGAAAGAUGGAGUGGCUCGUUAUAAAGAAUUUGUGUUUUCAAAUUACAUGAAUAGCUUUUUCGGAAACGCACAUGAUGGCAAAAAAUCUCUUGAGUUUGCUCAAAUUAACUCUAAUUAAAGUAAAAGAUGAAAAUGCUAUUAAUUAUAGAAGUAGCACAAUUUUUAUUUUUUCAUUACAAUAAAAGAGGAUGAUUUAGGUAUUAUACCACAUCUCUUCUUUCUGUAUUUUUAUUAGUAGUAUUAAAUAAGCUUUUUAAUUGUAGUUGAGAUUCACAAUUA